UACACCACAUGAAGUUGAUAACAUGCAAGAAAGUCAGAAAGAUGGUUGAGCUAUCAGGCUAUAUAAGUCCGCAAAGAAGAGAGGAAACAGAGACAUGAUAGCCGAAAUGGAAGUAGCCAAUGCGAUAGAACUAGGGAGGUCCCUCCAAGUACCUUCCGUCCAAGAGAUAGCCAAGGAAACAUUGGCUCCAAUACCGUCCCGAUACGUACGUUUCGAUCAAAAAUGUUUAGUCUCCGAUUCAGAUUCACUGCAAGUCCCUGUAAUUGAUAUGAACAUGUUACUUGAUUGUGAAUUAAUGAACUCUGAGCUGAGAAAAUUGCACCAGGCGUGUAAAGAGUGGGGUUUCUUUCAGCUGAUAAACCACGGAGUCUCCAAUUCGUUACUGGAGAGGCUUAAGACGGAGAUUGGUGGGUUUUUUAGGCUGCCUCUGGAAGAGAAGAAAAAGUUUGGUCAGCUAGACGGAGAUAUAGAAGGAUAUGGACAACUAUUCGUAGUCUCGGAGGAGCAGAAGCUUGAUUGGGCGGACAUGCUCUACUUGGGCACUCGACCUGCGCAUCUCAGGAAACCACACUUGCUGCCACAGUUCUCUCCUUCCUUCAGAGAUGCUGUACUGGCCUACUCCGAAGAGGUGCAGAGUUUGUCUAUGAAAAUUCUUAAGCUAAUGGCAAAAGCUCUAGGAAUAUUGGAUCCUGCUGACAUGGAAGUGCUGUUUGAAGAAGGCUUGCAGGGAAUGAGGAUGAACUAUUAUCCUCCCUGCCCUCAGCCUGACCAGGUUGUCGGACUCACGCCUCAUAGUGAUGCAGACGGCCUAACCAUCCUUCUCCAGCUUAAUGAAACCGAUGGGCUCCAGGUCAGGAAAGACGGCCUUUGGAUCCCAGUUAAGCCGCUGCCUUCAGCUUUCAUAGUAAACAUUGGAGACAUCUUGGAGGUUGUAACCAACGGAACUUACCCGAGCAUUGAGCAUAGAGGUGUUGUGGACUCAGUAAAGGAAAGACUGUCCAUUGCCACAUUCUUGCAUCCUAAGAUAGACGGUGAAUUUGGUCCAGCACCAAGUCUUCUGUCACCACAAAAUCCUCCAAAGUUUAGAAGGGUUGGUACUGCAGAAUUCCUCAAGGGAUAUCUAGCUCAGAAGCUUUCUGGCAAAUGUUAUCUGGACACUUUAAGGAUGUAAUUAAUCUAAUGUACUAGGUUUCAAUAAUCCUUUCAAUAAAAGGCUACCUGCCGAAAGUUCUUAAACAUCAUUUAUGGUGUUGUAAUUGAUGUGUUAGACUCUACAAGUGAAGGCAAUAUCCAACUUGUCUCGUUUUGUUUCUAA